AUGCAGCAGUCGGCGACGAAUCCCGCAGGUGACUACUCAAGUCGACCGUAUGGACCAGCGGCACUUCCGCCCACAUUGUUUGCUGAGCACAGGUGGAGACAGUGGAAGUGGCGGUCUCGGUUGUUGUUGUGGUUGAGUGACGUCAAGUUGUCCGUCUCUGUCUUUACGGUAGUAUCCGUCGUGGUGGUAGUGCCGGCAGGAGGUGUCGUUGUCACGAUCACUGUUUGCGUGCCGGCAGGCUUGGACGAUGUUCUCGUCUUGGUCGAGGUCCGCGUUGUGGUUUUGUACACAGUAACUAUCUUCGGCUUCGGCUUCGACCACGCCUGGUUGCAGGCUGAGCAGAUCAGGAAUUUGGACCGUCGAGGUAACGGUCGAAGUAAGGGUCUCAGUCAACGUGGCAGUGGUGGAGACCGUGGAUGUGGUUGUGCUGGGCGGCGCGGUUUCCAUGAUUUUGACUUUGGUAGACUCCGUGGUUGUGCUCGUUACUGUAUCUGCUGGUGGAGCUCCUGCAGUCACGGUGCGGGGAAUGGUCACGGCGUUGGGUACGAUUGUGGCCGUCUUGUAUGUUGUUUUGGUCAACGUCUUAAGCUUCGUCUGCGUGACCAGUCUCGGAGAGUAACCGGGACAAGCCGCUUUGCAGUAGCCAUAACCGUUAUGCGUCUUCAGAACUUGGGCAGCAGUACCCUGGACAUCUACACCACGCCGAAUCAUUCAGUUAUCGCCUACUUAAAGGUGCAAUAG